CUUGGUUUCGGAUGGUGUGGGGGAAGAUCCGGAAGUGUAGUAUCUGCACUCUUGUGCGCACCAUCCUCGCGGGAUGUCUCUCUCCAUCUUAGAGGCUUCCGCAGCAAGGUGGCCAAUACGGGAUGCAGUCCGUGGCCUUUUUUUCUAGAGUUAUGUGGGCUGUGGACGACCUCGAUGUAUAUCUCUUCUUGACAAUUCCGGGGUCUUCCACAAUAGUCAAAUUGCACCGGAGUGGGGUUUUAACCGAGGCAAAUGGAGAACCGAAUAAAGAGGAAGGUGAAGAAUCUCCCGUUGAACGUCGAUCUUAUGCUGUCUUUACUGCGAGGACUCGUCGCUGGACACAAACUACACCGUUGGAAUUUGGCAUUGCCGGAAUCAAGUCGUUGUUGGGACUCGAAAAAAUUAUUGGCAUAAUAUUGAAGGAUUUGAGUCUUUCAAUAAUAUAUCAAUAA